AUGCAAUUGCAGUUCACGACGCUUGAUGUGUUCACCAGGAAACGCCUGGAGGGCAACCCGUUAGCGGUGGUGCAAGUGCCACGAUCGCUGCAGAACCAUUUAUCCCAGGCCCAGAAGCAAAAGAUCACCCUCGAAUUCAACCUCUCCGAAACGGUUUUCAUGCACCAGCCUGCCGACGAAGCCCCCCAGGAGGUCGUUAUUGACAUCUUCACCCUCGAACAGGAACUUCCUUUUGCGGGUCAUCCGACCAUCGGAUCUGCUGUUCUGGCAAAAAGCCGCCUUUACCCAUCCAUUGAUAGAUUCAUCACAAAAGCUGGCCCUAUCGGUCUGCACGCGGGCUCAGGUGAUUUCAUUCGGGCCAAGAUCCCGCACAAUGUCCACAUCCACGCGAAGACCCUCGGGCAAGUAAUACCGGCGGAACAGCACAACUCGUACGUGGGCCUGUCGCACUUCAACUCAACUAUUCGAGAGGCAGAGCUUCAAGCCCCGGUUGUGAACAUUGUCAAAGGGAUGACUUUUAUCCUGGUCAAGCUACCUUCCUUGGAGCAUCUGCGCCAGGUCCAGCUCCUACGUCUAGACCUCAAAGGGUUGCCCACCCCCCUCCUGGACCCGGAAUGGUCGCCGAGCUUCACUUCGAGGUACUACUAUGUGGAGAAUGGGGAGGUAAACGACAAAGGAGACCAAGUCCGGAGCAUCCGUACCAGGAUGGUGGAGCUUGGGUUCGAAGACCCAGCCACGGGGAGCGCCGCAAGCACUUUGGCUGCUUAUUUGACUAUUGCGGAGAAAACCAAGGACGCCAAAUUUCUCAUCAUACAAGGAGUAGAAAUGGGAAGGAGAAGCGACAUUCAUGUCCAAACAACAGCGGAUUUGGAUGAGAGUGGAAAAGUGAAGAUCAAUGAUGUCUGGCUGGGUGGCGAGGCCGUCGUGGUUCAGCAAGGAACUAUUGAGAUCGACGAUGAAUAG